UGAUGUGGGUAUGUAACCUCUGCCGGAAGGAGCAGGAGAUCCUCAUCAAGUCGGGAGAAUGGUUUUCGGGGCCGGAGGGGCGUCCGGCCAGCCCAGGGGGGCCCCUGAGCUCCACGGCCGGUGAGGGGGGUGCGCCGCAGCUGCGGGACAAGCGUCUCCAGCGCACACGCUCGCAGGCGCCACCGUCCACAGAAGGCCAGCACGCGGCCGGCGUCGCCAUCGGUGACCGCACGCGAGGAGCCGACACGAUGCCCGCCUCACGCUCGAGAAGCGAACCGCCUCGGGAAAAGAAGCGACCGCUCUCCCUCCACGAGCAGAAUGGAAAGGUGAUUGGCCGAGGAGAGCGGAGGCGGGUCCCCGGGAAGCAGUCGUCCGAGGAGCGUCCUCCAGGGGACAGGCGGCGCCUGGAGAAGGCCCACAGCCAGGAGGAGGAGCCUGGUGAGGGGGACGGGACGGUCGGACAGCCGCCAGACCCGCGGAGGCGCUCGGCCCAGGACGAGGAGGCCGAGCGUCAGCGUCAGCGGGAGGAGGAGUUCCAGACGCGUUACCGCAGCGACCCCAACCUGGCGCGCUACCCGGUCAAGCCGCAGAAGGAGGAGCAGGAGAUGCGCAUGCACGCCAAGGUGUCCAAGGUGCGGCACGAGCGCCACCACAGCGACAUGGCCCUCAACGAGGUGGGCCUGGGGCCGCCCGGCGGUGGCGGUGGUGGCGAGAGCCGUGGCGAGGGGGGGCCUCGCGCUCCCCGGAGAGGCGGCCCCGGCAUGGACGAGCGCAAGAUGCUCCUGGACAACCACCGUGCGUACUCGGUGGAUAGGACCGCAGGGGGUGGAGGUGGGGGAGGAGGUGGGGGUCACGGGAGCCAGGGCUCCCUGCACAAGCCGGGCCCCGGCGGGCCCCGGUCGGGGCCUCUGCCCCCGGAGCUCAGGGACUCGCAGGAGUGGGGGCCGCCCAAGGCGGGGGGGCCCCACCUGGAGCCAGCGACGGCAGCGCACAAGGGCCGGCACAUUGGCGGCGGCGGCGGGGGUCCACCGCCCGGCGACGGGCUCACGAGGAUCGACUCGCUCAGCUCCGACCAGUCGGAGUCCCUGCGUCCGCCGCCGACGCGGGCCUACAGGACCCGGCAGGGCGGGGGAGGCAACAAGCGGCAGAUGUCCAUCAGCAGCUCGGAGGAGGAGGGCGGCUCCACGCCCGAGUACACCAGCUGCGAGGACGUGGAGAUGGAGAGCCUCGGCGAAAGAGGCGACUGGGACUGCUACCCAAUGGACCCAGCUGUAUGGCAUCAUCCGGUUACGUGGCAGCCGUCCAAAGAGGGAGAUCAUUUAAUCGGCCGCAUCACCCUGAGCAAGCGCUCGGCCAUGCCCAGAGAAGCUGGCUCCCUCCUGGGGCUGAAGGUGGUCGGGGGGAAGAUGACGGAGACAGGUCGGCUCGGAGCCUUCAUCACCAAAGUCAAGAAAGGAAGCCUGGCUGACAUCGUAGGACAUUUACGUGCAGGCGAUGAGGUGCUGCAGUGGAAUGGAAAGGCGUUACCGGGUGCAACCAAGAAAGAAGUCUACAAUAUUAUCUUAGAGUCUAAAAACGCCCCGCAAGUUGAAAUAGUCGUUUCAAGGCCCAUUGGAUGUAUUCAUCGUAUCCUCCCCAAUAACUGCUUGAGAAAGGUCCAUAGAGUCUACCAAGAUACACCUAGAAUCCCAGAAUCAACGCACCCUCCUUUAGAGUCAACGGGCUCCAGUUCCUUUGAGUCCCAGAAGAUGGAGAGACCCUCGAUAUCCGUCAUGUCCCCCACUAGUCCAGGGAUACUGAGAGACCUUCCACUCGUUCUGCCCGGGCAGCUCUCAGUGAAAUUAUGGUACGAUAAAGUCGGCCACCAGCUGAUUGUCAACGUCCUACAAGCCAGAGACCUGCCCCCGCGGCCCGACGACCGGCCCAGGAACCCCUAUGUCAAAAUGUACUUCCUGCCCGACCGCAGUGACAAGAGUAAGCGUCGGACGAAGACGGUGAAGAAGAGCCUGGAGCCCAAGUGGAACCAGACGUUCCUGUACCCGCACGUGCACCGCCGAGACUUCCGUGAGCGCAUGCUGGAGAUCACCGUCUGGGACCAGCCCCGCGCACAGGAGGAGGAGAGUGACUUCCUGGGAGAGAUUCUGAUAGAGCUGGAGACGGCCCUGCUGGAUGACCAGCCUCACUGGUACAAGCUGCAGUCCCACGACAUGUCCUCCAUACCCCUGCCUCAACCCUCACCCUACAUGCCCCGCAGACACACACACGGGGAGAAGAAGCUUCAGAGAUCUCAUCGCAUCAUUGAGACAGAUUAUGAUGAUGGUAUUACGGUAUUGUCCUCAGCAGCAGAGCGGAGCUCCAGAGACAAGGAGAGGUCAGGUACGCUGUCGGUGCCUGAGCAGCAGAGGGUAGUCCAGCACCGGUCUCGCUCCGUCUCCCCGCACCGCGAGGACCAGUGCAGAAACCGCUCACGGCCCACUCACGUACCCAUGCAGAGGAGUUUGGAUGAGAUCCAUCAGAAUCGGCACCAUUCCUAUUCCCCGUCCCACUACCAUGACUCCCACCAGGAACACCGGUCUGGAGACUCAGACUAUGAAUACUCUGAGGACAGUGAGGUCCUCGAGAUGCACAGAUCAAUCCGGGGUGGGAGUGCCGAAUGCCUUCAUACCAACAGGAACUUAGCUAGGCACUGUCAUACACUUCCACCAAAGAUGCCCCUCUUAGUGAAUGGCAUUCAUAAGGAAAUAUACAGUGAUCUGCAGCCAUGUCUGGACCGGGUGCGGAGUGCCAGCACAACCUGUCUGAGGCCCGAUACGGGAUUCCACUCACCCGAGAGAGAGAGAUAUUCGGGGAGCCUAGACAGGCCAGGCUGUCAGAGAGCAAAUCACAAACUCAUAGAAAAUGACAGGAUUCAGCCCACCUCCAUCCUGAGGGGGAGCCGGGGCAAAGCACCCCCGCUGCGCCCCUUUGGUCAAGCCCCAGGGGGCUCCUGCCCCAACUCCCCCCGCGUGGACAGGGCCCAUGGUGGUCACUCCCCCACUUCAGGGGCUCCCAGGGGCCGGGGCCGGCAGUUACCCCAGCUUCCGGCCAAGAGCAGCAGCAUAGAGCAAGACCCUGUCAAUUGUAACCCAGAGGAAAACUCAGCUCUGGCGGUGGAGGAGCGAGCGCGGCAGCUCCAGAUGAAGGUCCACUCCUUCAGGCCGUCCAGCUCAGGGCCACAGUUGGAGGCAGAGCUCAAGGCCAAGAGAGAGAUGUACAAGCAGAAGCGGCGCAGCAGUGAUAACGUGUCUGGCCGCUCGUCGGACAGCGAGCUGAGCGACGCGUCGGCCAUCUCCCACGCCAGCAGUGCCUCUCGCCUCAGCAGCGCUAGCUACAUGUCCGUCCAGUCCGAGAGACCCCACGGUGGACGCAUCAGAUCCAAGUCUCUGGAGAGCUGUAAGGGGAAGGAGAGGAGGAUCUCGUGGGGGGUGAACGGGACAGACGAUGGGAGGCGGAGCUUGGGGAAGAGGCGCUUCUCCGAGGAGCUGAGGCGCAGGCGGCACACCGUCGCUGGGGACGUCAGGCAGGUGCCUGGCUCCGGCGGCCAGAGCAUGAUGAAGAGCACGAGUGUGAGCGGAGAGAUCUACACGCCCGAGCGCACCGACGGCAGCCAAUCGGACACGGCGCUGGGCCGGGUGGGCGGCUCCGGGAAGAAGCGACGGUCGAGCAUCGCGCGCGUCGUCUCCAUCGUGGGCAACCGCCGCAGCCGCAGCACCUCCCAGAUCACCGGGGCAGAUAAGAAGUCGAAGGCGGCGGGCCCCAUCCAGCGCAGCCAGGAGACGGGCAUGGCCGUGGAGCUGAAGCGCAACAUGAGUCGACAGCCCAGCCGCGAGUCCACCAACGGCAGCAUGGCCAGCUGCAACUCCGAGGGCAACUUGAUCUUCCCCCGCCUGGGAGCGGACAGUCAGUUCAGUGAGUUCCUGGACGGGCUCGGUCCAGCGCAGCUGGUUGGCCGUCAGACUCUGGCCACACCUGCAAUAGGAGACAUCCAGAUCGGCAUGGCCGACAAAAAGGGCCAGCUGGAGGUGGAGGUGAUCCGGGCCCGUGGCCUCAUACAGAAACCAGGGUCCAAAUCUCUCCCCGCUCCCUAUGUGAAGGUCUACCUUCUGGACAGUGGAGCCUACGUAGCCAAAAAGAAAACCAAGAUCGCCCGCAAAACACUCGACCCACUUUACCAGCAAGCGCUGCUAUUCGAGGAGAGCCCAAAGGGUAAAGUAUUACAAGUUAUAGUCUGGGGAGACUAUGGGCGUAUGGACCACAAAUCCUUCAUGGGUGUCGCACAAAUCCUACUGGAGGAGCUUGACCUCUCUAGCACAGUGAUUGGCUGGUACAAAUUGUUCCCGCCCUCCUCGCUAGUAGACCCCACUCUGGCCUCGAUGAACCGCAGGGCGUCCCAGUCGUCCCUGGACAGCUCGUCCGCACCUGCAGGGGGGCGGUCGUAGUGAACUAAUAACCGCCACCCCCCCCCCACACUCCACCCUCACCCUCCCCCCCCCCCCCCCCCCCCCCCCG